AUGUCUUCGUCGUCCUCACCCGCGCCCUCGUCCAUCCGAUCCUCACCGAGUUCCUCCUUCAGCAGCUUCGGAGGUCGACGACACCUACCUACCAAUGACCUUGACUCGGCUAUUCUGUCCCCGAUCUCCCCACUGUCAAGCCAUCACAUCCGUCGCCAACCCUCUGCCAUCGACCUAGCCCUCGAGGCAGAACUGUACGCCGACGAAGUUGAGAUCAUUGGGCUGGGACUACUAGAACCCCGCCCUCGAGCGAACACAGCUACCUCGACAACAUCUUCCACACAAUGCUCAAUGAUGGAAUUCAUGAAUGAAACCAUGCAAACACCGGUGGUGCUGGAUGGUAUCUUUGAGGUCAUGGAACGUGCAUGA